UUGCGGACAAAAAUUUGCGGACUUGGGCCUGGAAUUGUUUAAGGAAUGAGACAUUUUAUUAGCGGGAUAGCCAGUAUGAAAGACAGUGGCUAGAUGGGGAUAUGGACUUGUUUGUGCGCGUGUUGUCCACUUUUCCUUCUCUCAAAAACUCAAUCCUACUAAAAAUUAUUUUUAAUUUUUCAGAUUUUUAAAAAUUAUUUUAUGCUAGUUAUUAUAAAAUGUCUUCUACAAUUCCAUCAAGACCUGCAAUUACAAAACGCUCAUUAUUUAAAGAAAAGGUAAUUGUGUGUCGCGAAGUCUUGGAAAAAGUUCACGCUGAUUGUUUUAUCAACUUUUGUUGCCCUGAUAUUCUUACUGGAAUGGGUUAUUUUGAGAAUAUACAUCAACUUGCUGGACCGGAAUUGGCAGAAAGUUGUGCUAAAUUUAUUGGGGCUUGUCCUACUUCUUCGAGGGUGACGUCUGCUUUUGGAGCUAGCGAUAACUUUCAAUUUAUUGUUCAUACAAUCGUGCCUUCUCCAAUUGAUUUGAAUAGAUUAAUUGAUGUCAAAAAAGUUUAUCUUGCUACUACAAAUUCAUUAAAUAUGGCUAUUGAAGAAGGCGCAAAAACUAUAGCUUUUCCUCCAUAUUUUCCUGGUAUAAGUUGCAAAGUAGCUUCAGAAUUAUUACUUCGAAUUUUUACUGUUUGGAUUCAUAGAAGUCAGUAUUCUGAAGAGUUGAUAGAAAUGAAGAUUUGUUGUCAAAAUGAACACGAAUUUUAUUUUUUUGUCCAAUCUGCUCGGUCAUUGUAUGAAGAGGCUAGUAUUAUUGGACAUUCUUUUGUGCCUGCAUUUGUACAACAAAGAAAUGCUUUUUCUCGCCGUGUGGGAAGGCCGCGUCGUACUCAUCGUAUUUUUGAGCAACCACCAGAAGAUGCUCCACGCGUCAAAUUAGAAUUGUCAGCAAAAUUAGCACCUACAAUUUUAGUAAUUGAUGACGAAAAGGGUUUAAAACGUCAAUAUAGAUUAACUAAUAAAAGCAGAGAUGGAAGAAAAAUGUAUUUUCGAUGUUCUCGCUGUGAUACUUUAAUUAAAAAAGAUGGAGUUCAAAUACGUGCAAAAUUAAUUGUUGAAGAUGGACAAAUUGUUAGCGAAAGGUAUCCCCAACAUCACCCAGAAUGUAUAGCCAAACCAGUAGAACAAGUUUUAGUUCAACAAGUUGACCGAACAUCUCGACGUCAAGUUAAAGAUUUAUAUUUAUUACCACAAGAUGCUUAUAAAAAAGCUUUGGAUCGAAUGAAUUUAGAAGCUCGUCAAUUGGGGUUAUCGGUUGAAGAAUGUUUUCCUGAAUGGCCGAAAUUGAGACAGCAAUAUUGCAGAUUGAGAAAACAGGCUGUAAUGGCUAAACAACAAGAAAAAUGGCAAAUGAUGAUGAUUAAUAGUGGGGGGAUUAUUGAGGAUAUGCCUCCAAGUUAUUUACGUUAUAGAUAUCAACAAAUGCAAGGCCCCAGAAAAAGAGGUAGACCUCGAAAAGAUUCAUUUACUGACGACUUUAUAUUACCCCAACCAAAUAGUCCAACAGAAGAAAUAAAUUUUACAAUAAAUAAAGUUGGGAAUAAACAAAAAAUUAAUUUUCAUAAUGAAGAGAGGAAUAAACAUAUUGACGAAGUUGUUAAUUCUUUACAUUUACAACAGCAACUACAACAAGAGGACUCGCAAAAUAACGAACAAAUGUCAACAAAUACUAACGAUGAAGAUGCUAUUGUUGAUGUUUAA